AUGGAUUCCACCGAAAUGCACGACGCCACCAUGGUCGACGAGUCGAUGAAUGAUGCCAACAUGAUCGACGAACCCGAGAUCGAAGUCACUCCCAAGACCGAGGAGGAAUACGCCCAGUCCAUGCUGACGCUCCGCGCCAUCGUUUCGUCCAAGGAAGCCGGCAUCAUUAUCGGCAAGGCGGGUAAAAAUGUCGCCGAUCUGCGCGACGAGACCGGUGUCAAGGCCGGUGUGAGCAAGGUGGUCCCCGGUGUGCACGAUCGCGUUCUGACGGUGACCGGUCCUCUGCAUGGUACCGCCCGCGCGUAUGCCCUGGUCGCCAAGGGCUUACUGGAGGGCGCUCCGCAGAUGGGCAUGGGUGGCAUUGUGUCCAACAACGGAACUCAUCCCGUGCGACUUCUGAUCUCGCACAACCAGAUGGGUACCAUCAUCGGACGACAGGGCCUGAAAAUCAAGCACAUCCAGGAUGCUUCCGGUGUUCGCAUGGUCGCCCAGAAGGAAAUGCUGCCGCAGUCGACCGAACGGAUUGUGGAGGUGCAAGGAACGCCUGAGGGAAUCGAAAAGGCUGUCUGGGAGAUUGGCAAAUGCCUGAUCGACGACUGGCAGCGCGGUACCGGUACCAUCCUCUACAAUCCCGCUGUCCGAGCCUCGGUUGGUUCGGGCUCGACGAACACCAACAUGGGUAAUGGCUAUGGCAGCCGCCCCUACAACCGCACCGGCAAUGGCGCCGACUUCAGCGACCAGUCCGGUGGAUACAGCAGCAGACGGUCCAAUUCCGACGCCGGCCGGUUCCCCAUGGUCGCCGAGGACGGCGAUGAGAUCCAGACGCAGAACAUCAGCAUCCCCGCUGAUAUGGUUGGAUGCAUCAUCGGCAGAGCCGGAAGCAAGAUCACGGAGAUCCGUAGGAGCUCGGGAGCCCGGAUCUCCAUUGCAAAGGCCCCUCACGACGAAACGGGUGAGCGCAUGUUCACCAUUAUGGGUAGUGCUGCGGCGAACGAGAAGGCUUUGUAUCUGUUGUAUGAGAACCUUGAAGCGGAGAAGACGCGUCGCAGCCAGCAGCCCCCGGAGUGA